AUGUCGCUUCACCACAAGCCACCGGUCCUUACUUACCGUUAUUCUCAUCACAAAUCGCUCUUUACACACUCUCGCUUUGUAACGCACUUGGGAAAAGUACGCAUUCCCCUCCUUCCAAGACUGGCAUCACGGCUGACCGUUCGUUAG